AACAGGCCUCUCCGUCAUCGCACUCGAAGAAGAGCCAAAUUUUGGAGGAAACAUGGCUUCCCCUGCCGGCUGUGAGCAUUAUGUGCGCAGCUGCUUAUUGAAAGCCCCCUGCUGUGGUAAACUGUACGUGUGUCGGCUGUGCCAUGACGCAGAGGAGAACCACCAGAUGGACCGAUUCAAAGUCAGAGAGGUGCAGUGCUCCGAGUGUCACACGGUGCAGCAGGCACAGCAGACCUGCCAGCAGUGUAACGUGCAGUUUGGAGAGUAUUACUGUGACAUUUGCCAUUUGUUCGACAAGGAUAAGAAGCAGUAUCACUGUCAGCCUUGUGGAAUAUGCAGGAUCGGGCCCAGAGCAAAGUAUUUCCACUGUGAGAAGUGCAAUCUGUGUUUAGCCCAGGAUCUGCGGGGAAACCACAAGUGUGUCGAAAAUGUUUCAAGGCAGAACUGUCCAGUGUGCAUGGAGGAUAUUCACACGUCCAGAAUUGGGGCUCACGUUCUUCCAUGCGGACAUCUUUUACACAAGACUUGCUUUGAUGACAUGGUCAGGACGGGAGCGUAUCGCUGCCCCCUGUGCAUGCACUCUGCCUGGGGCAUGGAGGACCACUGGGACCAGAUAGACAAAGAGAUCGCCCAGUCACCAAUGCCCACUGAAUACCAGGGUGCUACUGUCAAAAUUAUAUGUAACGACUGCCAAGCCCACUGCACGGUGCCUUUCCACGUGCUGGGGAUGAAGUGCAGCAGCUGUGGCUCCUACAACACGGCGCAGGACGGAGGACUCAUCCAACAGCCUCAACAACAGCAGCAGACAGAGCCGGACACUGAGACCGAGGCAGAGACAGACACUGAGCCGGAGCCGCAAGACCAGCCUCAGUCCCCCACGCCACAGUAAAACUCCAGCCAGCCACACUGGCUGACAUUUGUACUGUAGACAUUUGACUGGUGCACUAACUUGUACUAACUCACACGAGUGUAAAGCCGGGUUCACACUGGAUGUAGAAGCGCCGCAAAGCAAGCCAGUUUUUCAUGGGGCGCUGCAUCCUACUGUUGAAUUCCCAGGUACCGGGCUGUUCACACUGUAUGUGCCACGACGCCAGGUUCUGCUGCCGGCUUAAAAUCUGCAGCGAUAGUUUGGGCAUCUGGUCUUUUUUUUUCCACGAGCUGUGAGCGAAUCUAGCCAUAAAAUACACCAAUAAUAUAUAUCAGUAUUCUGAAGGAUAUAUUAUGUAUGAUUUUAACAACUGAAUAUGCAUCCUACUGUUACUUAUCCCAUGUAUUUGUCAGGUGUGUCUAAACAGAGAGAGAGAUGAGCAGACACACACACAAGCAGAGAUACGUGAUUAGAAAAGAACUGAGGAGCAGAAUCGCUUUUUGACCGGCGUGGAGAACUGCACUUUUGGUGUGAUUGCUGACGGGUGGCUAUAUGACAGUUGAUGCAUUGGGGCGCUUCCAUAUACAGUGUGAAAAUGGCUUAACAGUAGAUUGAGCCAGUAUUCCUAGAAUGUACACACAAGUAUUACAGAAGAUCCAUCUAUUUUCUGUAGGUCUGGAACUUAAUCCCAACAUGCACUGGGGGAGAUGAAGGGUAUCGGGCUAUCAUGGGACUAACACACAUUCACACCUACAGACAAUUCAGAGUCAUAGUCCACCUGACCACCUAGGCGGUUGUUGCUGGGGGCGACAGUCUAACCAGUGAGCCACCGUGUGGCACCAUGACAAAAUAAAUGAGCAGUUUAAGUGGCUCUGGUGGUGAAAGGUGAACCGGAUCAGACCAGUUUUGUUUUCUGUUAGGUUCAGGGAUGCUCUCAGUGAGACAGUGUUAACAAAGGUGUUUCAUCUGUCAGCUACAGUACUGAAUUUGCCUGUGCGACUUAACACUCAUGGUAACACAAACAGGAAUUCAAACUAGCCUGAGGCAGAACACAAGGUGAUGAACAAAAUAGUGAGUCUGCACAGUAACUGACAUACUGGUAGCCUGGCAAUGUGCGACCCAAGUGCAAAAAUUCAAGACACAUUCAGGAUUGUAAAAGUUAAACCCACACACAGGGCAUUGAGGAGUCAUACAAAUAUCUACCAAGAUCCACAGGGUAUUUGUGCAGAUUAUGUGAGGACUAUCCCCUUGCAUUUUUUUUUUUUUUUUUUAAGAUGUCCCCUGAGUCAAAGAUAAAACAGAUGGCAUUGUUCUAAAUUUGGCUCCCUCUUUUGAUCAUUUUUUUAAAAUUAAUAAUUAAUGCUACAAGUGAAAUUUAGAAAUCCAUCAUAUUCCUGCCCAUUACAUUAUUUUUUUAAAAUCACAAGCUUUAACACAAAUACAAACAAAAGGAUAGCCGUAGGAACAAUAUUCAGAAAACAGAUUUGGAACCUGCUAGGAUUCCCACACAUCCUUAACAAGUUUUAAAAGGUGUUGUAUUCAUGAAUCCAAAAAUUAGACCUUAAAUGGUAUUUCUAUCCUAAACCAAUCUUUAAAAAGUGUCAAAAAGGAAGUAAUAUUUUUUUGUGUUGUAUGUAAAAUCUCAAUUGAUAACAUCUGUCUUUUCUAAAUAAUUCACUAAACUCUCUUACAUCACACGGAUCAGGAUAGUGGAACUGACACUCAUAUUUGUUUCUGCCUGCUAGCUUCAAGCUAGCUGUCACUGUAUCCUGGACGACACAGGGAAGUGCACAUUCAACAAAAAUUGUGUAAUUAACCCAAAUUUCGCAGCGUGAACAUUUUGUCACACAUAGCAUGAUGGAAUUUUAGACUGUGAGACACAAAAUUGAAUAAAAAGCUUGGUUCUAACUUUGUCUUUGCCACAAGACAAAAAAAAGUCAUAUUUUAUGUUAAAAUAAAACUUUGGGCAAAACUGUCCCUAACUGUAAGUAUUUAAUUCUUAGUGGCAUUAAAGUCUUAAAUCUAACUUCUGUAAGCUGUAGGAACCCUGGUCACUGUGAAAAUGACAGGUUUCUUUUUUUUCCUUUCAUAGAUGUCGUGUUAUUUAAUCAGUUAUGUGUGUAAAAACUGAAAUGUAACAGACCACUAUUCUUCAAUUAUGAUAAGCUUAGAAAUAUAAGGAAUAAUUAGUCUUAAUUGACAAGUCACCCAAUUCAGUUCUGUAGGUAAAUAAUAAAAUUGUAAAAAGAUUUUUAACCUGCUCAUUUUUCUAAAGCCGGUCAAGAACAUAAAUGGACUGCACAAGGUGACUGUGCUCCGUGGCUUUGGAAAAAAAGUCUUGCAUAUUAGUUGUAAUACACAAAUAUGACAUAAUUACAGCUGCAACACAUGCACCUAUUGAGUAUUUCCCUCUAAUAACGCCCAUGCAGUUCUGUAAUUUGUGGUACGGCUGCAGUGACAUAAGGCUCAUGAUUCUGAUACCGUUUGCUUUUUGUGUCUUUGUUACGUGCAGGUGUAAAGUUUGGUUACAUUUACUAUGACAGUAAUACAAACUCCCAAUAAAUAACAUCCUUUUACUAAACUACUUUUAA